CAAACAUUCGCAUGUACAGGAUGAAGGUAAGCUUCGGGCCUCUAGUUAUUACAGCUGGUAUCUGUGGGUUUUUGAGUUUCGCCUUUUUGGCGAUUUCCCUCGGAACCGAGUAUUGGUACAUCAUAGAGAUGAAUCCUGUGAACAUGAGCGACUUGGAGGACCUGAGCUCCCACUCGGGGCUGUGGAGUGUCAGCGAAGGUGGUGGUUCAUUGACAGUGGACUACUACUCUGAGACUGAGCUGCACAUGCUGAACAUACACAGUGCAAUAGUGGUGGUGCUCCCUGUCAGCCUGCUCCUGCUGCUGUUUGGAGGCAUCUGUGGACUGGUCAGCUCCCUGGCUCGAAGCCCUGUCCUCCUCAUCGCCACUGCCUCCUACUUCUUCAUCUGCAGUCAGCUGACCCUGUGUGGCGUGAGCCUCUACAUCAUCUACUCAUAUAAGGCUCUGGCUGAGACAGAAAGGCUGGUGGGGCCAGAAGGUCUGGCCUACAUCCACACCUCCUUCGGCUGGUCUCUGGGGAUGGCGUGGCUCUCCUACAGCCUGGAGCUUCUCAGCGGCGUACUCCUGCUCACAGCUGCACAAAUAACCAAGGUGCAGCACAGCAGUCCUGCCAUAGCCUGACACAAGCCUCAGCCAUGGAUCCAACACUUUCAGGAGGGGGACCAAGUUAUGCUGAACUAUAUGUACACAUGGGACAACAAACAGUCAGGGACAUUGCAGGCAUGUGGUGAAGGCUUUGAUAAAAUACAAAAGUUGAACUAAAACAUUAUGCACAUAAAUUGUUUUAUAAGUUUAAAGUCCUUACAUCUGCUUCUGAUUGGAGUUUGGCAUCCUGGUGAUCUACAGCAAAGUGGAUUCAUCAACUUAAAUUUGUCCAAUUACACCCUCUUGUGGUGAGAAUGGAAGUGGCUACUCGUAUCCACCGUGGAGCACACGGCAGUGCCGAUUGGCACGCAGGAGUAAUGUAAUCUGUGCCAAACUCAACUGCCAAGAUUAUAUUUAUGAUAAAUUUUGUGACUUUAAAUCUAUGGAUACACGUUUCUCAGUAACCCCCAGAGUCAUUUCAUGUACUGUAAGCUGUACUUGUUGAUUUAAAGGUUUAGUGUUACAUCACCACAAGUUAAACCAAAAAGUGUGGUGUGUCUGCCUUUGUAUUACUUACAGCAUGAGGACCGAAACCUGUUAACACACUCACACUGUGGGGAC